AGAAUGGGCAAUUCCGUUCUCAACUUCUCAUGCUCUUCCUUCCUCAUUAGACCUCACCGCACAGCAAGAAUCUGGUUUCCACGCUAGCUUUCACCAUACCACCACGCAGCCAACUCUGCUCUCCACACAGCAAUCACACCAAGAAAUUCCUUCCACAUGCCUUCCCUUGGCUUGGCUCUUAUGCUGCUGGCCUCUUUGAUCUCUCCGGCGAGCUCCUGCACGGAGCAGGAGAAGAUCUCCCUUCUCCGGCUCCUCGCCGGGCUCUCGUGGAACGGUGGCCUCGCGACGUCGUGGCGGAGCAACACCGACUGCUGCACAUGGCAAGGGAUCACCUGCAACCAAGAUAGGAAGGUCACCGAUGUUUCGCUGGAUUCUCGAGGCCUCGAGGGGUCUAUCUCGCCAUCCCUCGGCAACCUCACCGAGCUCUUGCGCCUCAACCUGUCGCGCAACUCUUUGUCCGGCGCCUUGCCGCUGGAGUUGGUGUCAUCCAGCAGCAUAAUCGUCCUUGACGUCAGCUUCAACCGCCUGACAGGGGCGCUGCAUGAGCUGCCAUCUUCAACCCCUGUGCGGCCUCUGCAGGUACUCAACAUCUCAAGCAACUUAUUUACAGGCCAGUUUCCGUCCACCACAUGGAAAGCAAUGGAGAAUUUGGUCGCACUCAAUGCCAGUAACAACAGCUUUACUGGGCAGAUACCAUCGACGCCAUGUGCGAGCGCGCCAUCUUUGGCCGUGCUUGAACUCAGUUUUAACAAAUUCAGUGGAAAUAUCCCUCCAGGACUUGGUAAUUGCUCCGUGCUGAAGAUGCUCAGCACUGGCUACAACAACCUCUGUGGGACUCUUCCAGGCGAGCUCUUCAAUGUUACCACGUUAGAGCACCUCUCUUUGCCUAACAAUUGGUUAGACGGAGGUGUCAAUGGCAUCGGCAAGCUCACAAAUCUGGUUACCCUUGAUCUUGGGCAGAAUGGUUUCAGUGGCAACAUUCCAGAGUCUAUAGGUGAUCUGGAGAGAUUGGAGGAGCUGCAUUUGGAACACAACAAUAUGUCAGGGGAGCUGCCAACAGCUCUAAGCAACUGCACAAAUCUCGUAACAAUUGACCUCAACACCAACCGCUUCAGUGGAGAACUCAACAAGGUCAAGUUCGCGAGCCUGUCCAACCUAAGAAAAUUAGAUCUUCUUUUCAACGACUUCACCGGCACAAUUCCAGAAAGCAUAUACUCCUGCACCAAUCUGACUGCACUGCGACUAUCUUACAAUCAAUUCCAUGGUCAAUUGUCAGAGAAAAUAAGCAAUCUGAAGUACCUCUCAUUCCUAUCACUUUCUAAUAACUCGCUUACAAAUAUCACAAGGACACUUCAGAUCCUUAGUAGUUCCAAGAGCCUCACUACCCUUUAUAUUGGAUGCAACUUCCUGGAUGAGACCAUGCCACAGGAUGACAGCAUUGAUGGUUUUGAGAACCUUCAGGUUCUUUCCAUGAGUGAGUGUUCAUUGUCUGGAAAAAUACCUGAUUGGUUAUCAAAGCUCACAAAUUUGGGGAUGCUAUUUUUGCAAAGCAAUCAACUAACUGGACCGGUACCUGACUGGAUCAGCAGCCUGAACUUGCUCUUCUAUCUAGACAUAUCAAACAACAGCUUUACAGGGGAUAUUCCAGCUGCCUUAAUGGAGAUGCCAAUGCUGAGAUCAGACAAGACUCCACCAAAGGUCUUCUUUGAGCUGCUUGUUUGGAACGAGAACACAUUUAUGCAGUACCUCAUGCUCAGUGCUUUUCCUAAGGUGCUUAAUCUAGCCAUCAAUAAUUUCACUGGUGUGAUCCCAGAGGAGAUCGGACAGUUAAAAGGACUCAUUUCACUGAACUUGAGCUCUAAUGGAUUUUCCGGAGGGAUACCAGAACAGAUCUGCAACCUCACGAACCUCCAGAUUCAAUGUUUCUAAUAAUGACCUGGAAGGCCCUAUUCCAAACGUCGGCCAGUUUAGCACAUUUCCGGAUUCUAGCUUUGGUGGAAACCCAAAACUGUGUAGCCCUAUGAUCACAAACCAAUGUGGUUCAGCAGAAGCAGGUCCGGUCUCC